AUGGAACUUGUGGGGCUACAUGCAGUCCCCAUUUGUACUGACUUCAUGAAAUUUAAAGACAGCGGAGAGGAUAAAAGAUUAGCUAUUAGUGUUGUCUCUGCGGGAAAGAAUGCUGACGAAGCUCAAGAUCCCGAUAGCUUGAUCUAUACAGGGUUUGGUGGUCAAGAAUCUGAUCAGAAGCUUAAUAGGAUGAAUCUUUCGUUAGAGGAAGCUCUGAAAAUAAAAAGUGUUUUGAGGGUUAUUAGAGCCGUGGAAGAUGAAAAAAGGAAGCAUGGGAACAUAUACAUAUACGAUGGGCUUUAUUCCAUCACAGAUAUGUGGGAAGAGAAAAGUGCAAAUGGUUUCAAGGUAUUCAAAUUCAGAUUUGUGAGGCAGCCUGAUCAAAAACCUGCCUUUGGAGUGUGGAAAUCAAUAGAGCAAUGGAAGGAAGGGUUGAUUACAAGACCAGGUCUUGUUCUUCAAGAUCUCUCUUCUGGAGCUGAGAAUCUAAAGGUUUCUCUGGUGAAUGAAGUUGAUGAUGAGAAGGGUCCUUCCUCUUUUAGUUAUAUCGCUUCCCUAAAGCACUCAGUCAUUGAUGUUCCACCUAUGGUUGAUUUAUGCACUUGUCGACCUAAAUCAUGUUGUUCCGGAGAUGAUUUCUCUGAGGUGAUUGGUUCUUUUACUGCAUUUGUGAUAAGUGCAAAGAAAUCAGGGAAUGUGGCUCGUUUUAUGAACCAUAGUUGCUCUCCCAACGUUAUGUGGCAACCAAUUUCUCGUGAACAAAAGGGUCUAUGGUGUAUUCACAUUGGAUUUUUCGCUAUUAAGCAUAUUCCUCCAUUAACGGAGUUAACGUAUGAUUAUGGAGCAUUUAGAGGAUAUGGUAAGAAGAAAACUUGUCUAUGUAGAUCAAAGAAAUGCAGUGGCUCAUUUUGA